CUAAAACACACCACAAGCCCUUCUUCCUUCAGUUUAUUUCCUUUGUCAAAUUCAUUAACCUCUUCACCGUCACACGUUAAACCAUGGUGGAGAGUGGCUUCUCCUCCCCUCGAAGCGACCCGUUCCCCUCUGGCCUUCGUGUUCUUGUUGUUGAUGACGAUCCAACCUGGUUGAAGAUCCUUGAGAAGAUGCUCAAAAAGUGUUCUUAUGAAGUAACUACUUGUUCUUUAGCAAGAGAUGCUCUGAACAAGCUUCGUGAAAAGAAAGAUGGUUAUGACAUUGUGAUCAGUGAUGUCAACAUGCCUGACAUGGAUGGAUUUAAACUUCUAGAGCAUGUUGGACUUGAAAUGGAUCUUCCUGUUAUUAUGAUGUCUGUUGAUGGAGAAACAAGAAGAGUGAUGAAAGGUGUUCAGCAUGGAGCAUGUGAUUACCUUCUUAAGCCUAUACGAAUGAAAGAGCUUCGCAACAUUUGGCAGCAUGUAUUCAGGAAAAGGAUACAUGAAGUGAGAGACAUAGAAAGUCUGGAAGGUUUAGAAAGUAUUCAUAUGACAAUAAGUGAUUCAGAUCUGUCUGAGGAUGGGAAUCUGUUCAGCAGAGAGGAUGCAACAUCAGCGAAGAAAAGAAAAGAUGCAGAAACCAGGCAUGAUGACAAAGACUUCAGUGAUCCUUCUACCAAGAAAGCUAGAGUUGUUUGGUCAGUAGACCUUCAUCAAAAGUUUGUCAAAGCUGUUAAUCAUAUUGGACUUGAUAAAGUUGGUCCUAAGAAAAUUCUCGACUUGAUGAAUGUUCCAUGGUUGACAAGAGAAAAUGUCGCUAGCCACUUGCAGAUUCUCACUGAAAAAAUUCCUUUCAUGCAGAAAUACCGCCUCUAUUUGGGGAGGUUGCUGAAGGAAAAUGAUGCAAAAAGCUCUGUGAUUGGAACUAAGCAUGCAGAUUCACCUUCAAAAGAUUCUACAGGAAUUUUUGGGCAUAAGAAUUUAACAAACAUGCACCAGAAUGAUGUUCUGGGUGGAAGCUAUGGUUUUCCAGUUGCUAACUCACUUGUCCAGAGUGUUGAUGUCAGAGGCCAUGAAGGAGACCAAAAAAGAAACGCUUCAGUGCCUGAGGCAGAUAUGAAAGGAACUUUGUCUGUAGAUCUUCCUGGUCCUCAUAAAGCCAAGAGUUCACAGAUGUGCUUUGAUGAUUCCUUUGCACCAAAUGAUUCUGGCAUGAAUUACACAUCAUUUGACCAUCCCAUCCCAUCAGGUUACUCUUUGAGUGAAAUUGCUGAGAUUCAUUUCAAGCAAGAGAGCAGACCGCUUGAUUUAGAGAACUGUUUCAACCAACUACCACUGCCUGAUCCACAGCAUCACAUUCAGAGUGAAUAUCUGCAGUCAGCUCCACCCAUCAGUUCUGGACUGUCCACAACAAAAAGAGAUGCAAGUAGCAGCAUCGAAGCCAAACCUUCAUACGAUGAGUAUAACAGAGGCAACCACAUCAAGCAUUUUGAUUCAUUUCCUGUUCAGAUGAGCGAAUCACUCAACGGUCAAGUUUUUGAGCCCAUUUCUGCUACUAUAUCAAACAUGAAAAGCCAGGGAUUCAAUCUAAAUUGCCUCACUGAUUGGGAAUCUGUGCAGAGAAACAUAUACUGGGAAGUUGAGGCACCUUUUGCACCUGUGCUUCAAGGUGAUUGUUAUGCUAUGAAUCUUGGUCUCCAGAACAUAGAUUUUACAGAGUACAGUGAUUUUACAGAGUACAUUGAUCCAACACUCUUUGCCAAAGUUCCUUCCCACCUGUAUGAUGCAUUGAGUUUUGACUACGAGCAUAUCUUUGACCCAACCGAGUGUCCUGUAAUAGACCAAGGUUUGUUCAUAGCAUGAAGUUGCUGUGUUCUUCCAUUGCAUCUUCCUUAACCUAUCUAUUAAUCGGGUAUUUUUCAACUCUAUAGAGCAUUAGGGAUGUAACUUUCCCAAUCAAUUUGGAGUGGGAUGUUGAAAAAUGUAUGAUAGUAGUGGUGAUGAACAUUGAAUAUAAUAACUCAAGUCGUUCAAGUUUUUAACAUGGCACAUGCGCCUCUCAAUGCUGUAUAAAAUGUUAUACAUAGA